AUGUCGUUUACAAAUCAUGCUGACAAUGACGAUUUACCAUCAACAUCCUACUCUGAAGAAACUCCCAUAAAAGAUCUUAUUAGCAAUUAUGAUUGGGCGUCAACUUCUUUAGGUCCGGUAGAAUCAUGGGAUUCUUCAUUGAAAUCGGCUGUGAGCAUAUGUAUACAUUCUGUGUUUCCAAUGGCAAUAUAUUAUGGUGACGAUUUGGUGUUUAUAUAUAAUCAAAUGUGGAGACCAAUAUUGAAAAUGAAGCAUCCAUCGGCUUUGGGAAAAACUUUUGGAGAAGUUUGGCCAGAAAUUUAUGAUAAGUUUAUGAAAUUAUUUCAAGAGGUCAAAGCAUCAGGCAAAGGAACAUCAGAAGAUGAUACAAAAUUAUUUCUUCAACGAGAUGGUUAUAAUGAAGAGACCUAUUUCUCAUUUGCUUUAAAUCCAAUAUUUAAUGGAGAUACCGUGACUGGUAUACUUGCUGUUGUUCAAGAGACAACUGAAAAAGUUUUAGGUGCAAGAAGAUUAAAGGCUCUAAGUGAAUUGGGUAACAACACGCCAGGUACAAAAUCAGUAGAAAACGCUUGUCAUCUGUUGACUUCUACUUUAAGAGAACACAAUGCAGAUAUACCAUAUUCAUUAGUUUACUUGAUUGAAAAUAAGAAUAAUUCAGCCAAAUCUGCUGAUUUGAUCGCAACUACAUUUGACGAAGAUCUUGAAAUUGAAUUAGAUGAAAACGGUGUUAAAAAAUGCACUUUUGUAAAAGGAAAAUCAAGACGUUCGUUACCAGAUUAUUUCCCAAGAACUUACGACUUUGUAGAUUUGACGAUGGAUGGUGACGAUAACAUUACUGAUUCCUCUUCCACCUUUUCAGCCUCAUCAUCAGAUUUAACUGUACCAAAAAUAAAUAAGGAAGUUUUAUCUGAAUAUGGUCAUCCAUUAGAUUUAUCCGACACAUCAUCAUCAACUUGGCCAUUAAAAAAUGUCCUAAAAUCUAAUCGUAAAAAUGAUCAUACCGAGGUCAUAGUAAAAUUAAAGAAUAGUUCAUAUGCUAUAAUAUUUCCUGUUUAUAUAAAUUCAGGUGGUAAACCUGUAUUAACUGCUAUCAUGAUUUGUGGUAUAAAUGUAUAUAGAACUAUUGAUAAUGAAUAUAUAGAUUUUCUAAAGCUAGUUAUGGGUCAUGCAAAUUCAGCAAUGACCCAUGGUAGGUCAAGAGAAGAAGAAAGAAAACAAGCAGCAAUUUUAGAAGAUCUUAAUCGACAAAAAAUCAUUGCCAAACAUGAUACUUUAUUAACUCAUUUAAAUAUGGCACAAAGAAACUCUCGCAGAUUGCUUAAACUUUUUUCAAGAAUUGAAGCAGGAAGAUUAGAAGCAAUAUAUCGUGAAACCGACAUUUCAAAACUAACUAUAGAACUCGCUUCAUGUUUUGAAAGUAUGGCACAAUCACUCAACUUACAAUAUAAUAUUGAAAUAAUUAAACCGGAAAUUUUUAAUAAAAAUAUAACAAAAAAAGUAUAUUUGGAUAAAGAUAUGUAUGAAAAGAUUGUGUUUAAUAUAUGUUCAAAUGCUUUCAAACAUACUUGGGAGGGUUCAGUUACUAUAAGAUUAUAUAUUGAUAAAAAAGAUGAUAAAGAAAUUGUUAUAUUCGAAGUUUCCGAUACAGGUGUAGGUAUACCAGAAAAUGAUCUUCCUAAUCUAUUUCAAAGAUUUUACCGAGUUGAAUCAAAACAAUCACGUAGUUAUGAAGGUACAGGUAUCGGUUUGGCGUUAGUAAGAGAAUUAAUAAAUCUCCAUGGGGGUGAUAUAUCUGUUGAAUCAAAAGUUGACGUAGGCUCAACAUUUAAAAUUUGGAUACCUACUGGUUUUGAACAUUUGCCACUUGAUCGAGUGAUUUUUGGUGCUUCUCCUUCCGAUAAAGAUAUUCAAAUGUUAAAUAUCAUUGAGAAUGAUAGACGCGAUAGAAGUGAACAUUCAUUUUAUAAGUUUAAUAGAGAAUUAUAUUUAGAAGAAAGUGAAAUUCAACUACGACAACCAAAAAAACAAAAAACUCGUGUAUUACUUGUUGAUGAUAAUACCGACAUGAGAGCGUAUUUGGCUGGUAUAUUAUUUAAAGAUGAUUUUAAAGUUUAUUCAGCUUCAGAUGGUAAAGAUGCACUUGCAAUUGUUAAAAGCUUAAAAAAAUUACCUGACCUUGUACUUAGUGAUAUAAUGAUGCCAAACAUGAAUGGGAUUGAAUUAUUAAAUGCUUUAAGAUCCGAUCCAAGAACUCAAUCGAUCCCUGUUAUUUUGUUGUCUGCUAAAGCUGGCGAAGAAGCAAGACUAAACAAUGGCGCAGAUGAUUAUUUAACAAAACCAUUUCAACCAAAAGAAUUGAUUGCUAGAGUUCGUGCAAAUGUAAAGUUAUCAAAUUUACGUCAGACGUUAUAUAAUCAACGGCGUCAACAAAACAUAACAAAAGAAUUACUAUUCACAAUUUCGAAGGAAAUCCAUUCGGAGAAUGAUUUACAAGAAACGCUUUCAAAUGUUAUAAAAGAAAUUCAUAAAAUUUUUGAUUGCGAUAGAAUUCUAAUCUAUGCUGAUAAAAUUGAUAACCCUGGUAAUGGGCUUUAUAAUGUGGAAGUUAAUGAAGCCGUUAUUCUUGCACAAAUUUCAAAAGAUGAAAGAGAAUUUUCUUGUGUUGGUAAAACAAUUGACUACCUUGAAGAACUAAUUAACAUACAAACUGAUCCUAGACUUCUUGAUGGUCACAUUUCCGAAAUAGAUGGAAAUGAUUAUUUGAACGAUGAACAUGAUAACAACAACGAUGCCAGUAAUAAUGGAGAGAAUGGCGAAUAUAUUGAUCAAUUUGAAAUGCCAAAUUAUUAUUUCUCAUUUUUAAAAGAACGUGUAUCAUUAUAUUGCAUAUUAAUAAUUGUGAAGAAGAAACGAUGGGGUUGGAUAUCAUUUCAUCGACCUGCGCAUAGGAAUUUCAACGAUAGUGAAAAAAUAUUUUUACAGCAAAUUGCCAAUCAAAUAAGUUUGGCCAUUACUCAUUCCAAAUUAUUAGAAGAAAAGUUGAAACGUGAAGCUCAAAUUGAAGCUGCCAAAGUUGCGAGUGAUGCUAAAAAUCAAAUAUUAGCAAAUACUUCUCAUGGUGCAAUAAUUGGAGUGUUAUCAGCCUUCGAAGAAACACCCUUAACUGAUGAACAAAUGGAUAUGGUACAAAUUAUGACUCGAGCAUCAGAUGUGGUUUUAUCAGUUAUAAAUGACAUAUUGGAUGCAGCGAAGAUGGGUGCACAAAAAAUUUCUUUGGCAAAUAAAAAUUUUGAUGUAUUUGAUUUGAUGGAGAAAACAAUUGAGAUGUUUAGUGAACGUGCUGGUCUUAAAGGAAUUGAGUUGAUUUUAGACUAUGGAUCAUUUGAUAUUGAAAAAUCCAUUAAAAGUGAUCCUGAACGCUUACAACAAGUUUUGAUGAACUUGUUGUUAAAUGCCAUCAAGUUUACAGAAAACGGAGAAAUUACAGUUGAAGUAUCAGUGAUGAAUGAGGAAAACUUGGAAAAUAAAAAUGGAUUAAAAUUUAUAGAUAAUUAUUGCGAUAUUAAAAAAAAAAAAAAAGAUGUUUUAUUAUUUAAAGUGUCUGAUACUGAAAACCUUGAGCAUAUUUUUGAAAGUUUUAUCCAAUGUGACGCAUCAAUGACAAGACCACAAGAUGGUAUAGGUCUUGGAUUAGCAAUAUGUAAAUAUUUGGUUGCAAUUAACGGUGGUAAAUUGGGUGUCGAGAGUGAACUUGGUAAAGGUAGUACAUUUUGGUUUACAUGGAUUAUCGAAUCAUCACCACUAUCAUCAGUGCCGACCACACCAGCAAUGUAUUCAUCGUCACCGUCGUCGUUAUCAUCUCUAACGACAACAGAUAAGGAGUUAUUAUCAUCUCUUCGAUCAAAAAAAGUUUUAAUAAUUGAUCAUAUUGCAAAAUCAAGAAAUCGUUUAAUUAAAAUACUUGGCGAAAUUUCUGAAAAAGUUGAUGCAUUUGAUAUAAUAGAGAAAGGUAUCGAAGAAUCGAAAAAAUGGAGACAGAGUCAUAAUAGGCCGUUGUAUGAUAUGGUUUUUGUUAACGUUAAAGAAGAAACUUAUAAAGAACAAGAAAAAUUGAUAAAUGAAUUGAGUUCUCUAAAUCAACAAAACAACCCUGGAGAUCGUAGUGAUGGUGAUAGUCAAUUCUAUGUUGUGAUAAUGCUUUUUUGGUCAGUAAGUGGUAGAAUAAUUAGUAGAAAAAUGAUGUCGAAUAUUCACGGGAAAAAAGUUGCACUGUGUAAACCAGUUAUGAAAAAUAAAUUUUUAGCUUGUUUACGCAAUAAUGAAUUAUUUAAAUCAUCGUCACCAUACAGCAAUAAUGAUGAUUCAACGAUAUCAGAAUCGUUCAGUAAUGGCACGGAUCAUAAUAAUCAUCAUGAUCGAUCACUUUUGAGGGGCCUUAGUGUAAGUUGUACCAAUGUCAAUAACAUUAGUAAAAAAGAUGAUGAUAAAGACGGUUUAUUGAAAAGAAAGUCGUCAACUGAUAAUGAUGAAGAUCACUUGGCAAAAUCAAGAUCAAGAGUAGUCACCAAGACAAAACGGAUUUUAUGUGUGGAGGAUAAUCCAAUCAAUUUAAGAGUUAUUCAGCAUCAAUUGAUAAAGCUCGGAUACCCUUCAUUAACAGCAACUAAUGGUCAAGAAGCUGUUGAUAUAGUAAAAUCUGAAUUUUUAAAUGAGAAUUUUUCUUCUUCCAAUGGUGAAGAAAGGAUUUCAUUAAUAUUAAUGGAUUGUGCUAUGUUAAUGAAACCGCCAGCAUCAAAUAUACCUAUAAUAGCAUUAACUGCUUCAGCUUCAGAAGGAACAAAAGCUAAAUGCCUUGAAAGUGGUAUGGACGAUUACGUUACAAAACCACUUAAACUCAAUCAACUUGGUAUCAUUUUAAAUAAAUGGCUUGAUGAAGAAG